AUGGACGUCGAAGCAUUCAAGGGGGAAGACUCUGACCUUGACGAACAUGUCGCUAGUCGCGCGGAGGACGAUGACGGGACCGACAGCGAGGGGAACGGAGAACAUGAUGAUGACCACGCGGGAGAAGGGGAGGGAACCGAAAGGGGAGGCGACGAUAUGGGCGACGAAGGCGAGUCGCCGAUCUCUCCGGGUCUCUCUCGCGGUUUCGGCGGCCUCGAUGAAGCGACGGCGAUGGCCAUCUUCGGGGACUACCGACAGCUGGCUUCGCACAUGAUGUCGCUGUCCGGACGCCUCAAGACGAUGCUCAACAACAUCAAGGCGAGCGCCGACCCGACGACCCGAAUGGUCACUCUGCAAGAGCUCAGCGAGUUGCUGAGUAUCAGCACCGAGGAUACUCUCGCUGGGUCGUUCCAAGUCGAGCAAUUCGUCAAGGAGCUGGUUAGGAUCCUGGGAGGCAAAUCACAAGAUGAUGACGAAGAAGAAGGCGAUGGCGAGCAUGAUGCGGAUCUCGCAGCGGCGCUAGCACUUAGCAAUGGGGGCAUGGCCUACCAGGGUGACGAAAAUCUCGAGGCACAAGUUCUCGCGUGUCGCUGCCUGGCGAAUCUCAUGGAGGCCUUACCCGGCGUUGCGCACACUGUCGUCUAUCACGGUGCUAUCCCGGUUCUCUGCAGCAAACUCAUCGAAAUUUCGUACAUUGACCUCGCAGAGCAGACCCUGAGUACCUUGGAGAAGAUCUCAGAAGAGUUCCCAAGCUCGAUUGUUCGCGAGGGCGGUCUCUCCGCCUUGCUCAGCUACCUUGAUUUUUUCUCUGUUGCUGUGCAGCGGACCGCCUUGCAGGCUGCUGCGAACUGCUGCAAGAACAUUUCUACCGAGCACUUCACCAUGAUUCAGGGUGUCUGGCCCAUUAUCCGCAACUGUUUGAGUUACUCGGAUCAACGUCUCGUCGAGUUUGCGUGCCUCUGUGUCAUCCGUGUGAUUGACUCCUAUCAUCGUUCCUCUACCGAGAACCUCGAGAACCUUCUUGACACUGAGGCGGUAGGGGCUAUCAACCAGUUGCUUAUGCCCCCUGGAGGGUCGCCCCUCAUCGCUGCAAACACAUAUACGUUACUCCUGCGUGCGCUAGCUACCGCUGCUCGCUCAAGCCCGAAGAUUACGGUUGCGUUGCUGAAGGCGGAUAUCGUCGAUACGCUCUAUCAGAUUCUGACCGGUGUCCUUCCGUCGUCGGUCUCGCCAACCCCUGCCGAAGACGGUCAAGGGCUCGGAGGGGAUAUUACCCACAUGACUGUGAUGGAGAAUCUGGCUCAUCGUCCCAAAGAUCAAGUCGAAGAAGCCUUAAGUCUCAUUUCAGAGUUGAUGCCACCGCUGCCCAAAGACGGCGUAUUUGACCAUAAGGGUUACACCGAUCGUGCCUUCGCGAAGAUGGUGCGAGCAAAGGCUCGAGCAGAACGUGCAGCUGCGAAAGGGCUUUCGAUUACUUCCGGAACUCCCUCGGCGGACAUACCUUCAGUCCCUCCCACCCCCGCACCUUUCGAAGGCGAUCAGGAGGGCGGAGCUGAUCAGCAAGUCCAAGAGGUUGAAGAAAACCCCGCGCCUACCCCUCAGACCAUUGAGGCCUCCAACGACCGGGCGGAGAUGUUACAGUCCCAGCCCGAAGUCGUUGGACGUUUCAUGCACCUUGUAGUGCCCAUUCUGAUAGACGUUUAUUCUGCUAGUGUUAUCACACCUGUCCGAGUCAAAACACUCACUGGCUUGCUCAAAGCCGUCAGUUUCCUUGAAGGCGAGUCGCUCAAGGACGUAUUCAAGUUUGGCAACGUCGCCAGCUUUGCGUCUGCUAUCUUGUCGUCAAAGGACCACCCAUCGUUGGUCAUUGGGGCGUUGCAGCUUGUUGAACUGCUGUUGGUGAAAAUGCCUUCGGAGUAUCGCCCUGCUCUGCGUCGAGAGGGCGUGUUCCAUGAGGUCGACGUGUUUGCUGCGCGCUCGCUGGUCGCGAAGUCAAAAGACAAGGAUAAAGACAAAGACAAUAUCCCCGAUGCUGCUGCAGAUUUGAUUGCGGCAUACAACGCCUCCGGCUCGGCAAUUCCGGGCUUCAAGAAGCUGUCGUCAAUGUCUAUAGAUCCUGAAGAUGCAAUCACGAUGAGAGCGCGCGUCAUCCGGUUCAAAUUCUCAUUUGGUCAGGAGGAAAUUGAUGGGGAUACUACGUUUGAAGAUCUGAAAGACCUAAUGCAACGCAUUGUCGCACCGAAUGCCUCAGAGGCUAGCGCGCAGACGGUGGUCAGAGAGCUCGCUACUUUGCUUGGUUCGAGGUCAUCGGUGUCUAGCUUUGAGUUGCUCCAGAGUGGCGCAGUGGAUGGGCUCUUACAGUUUGCGACCGAUCCGUCUAGAACAAUUCCUUUGAAGCGCCGACAAGAGUUGCUCCUCGAGUGCUUCACAUAUCGUCCCCGGGGAGUGCCUGUCUCGCAGUCUCCGUUCUCGACGCUGGUCAAGAAGCUGCAGGAAAGUUUGACAAGGAUGGAGGCGUUUGAGGUUGCCACUGUCGCACAAGUCACUCAUGAUGCCUUUGUAGAUUCAAAGCGUAGCUCCCCUUCUCUGCUUGCUCGUCAGAUACGACUCCGGCUGACGGCCGACGAAGAAUCCGACAUACCGCGGACGUUGCAGAAUAUGGUGGUUUCGAUACAUGCCAUCGCAACUUUCCAAGCGUUAAACGACUACCUACGUCCUCGAGUCGCUGGGCUCAUGUCCAACAACAGGCUAUCGGGGAUGCUCGCAGCCUUGGCGGCUUCGGGUUUGGGUUCAUCUUCACGGGACCCUGGUCCACCACCGAAGGCGCCGUCACGGCCUAUAUCUCCGACGCCAGCGCCCGGCGAGAAGUCCGUUGGACGGAGACGUUCGCAACGCUUAAGCGCGAAGAGCGAGGCCGCCCCCACAUCUGGUUCAUCGGUGCAAGCAGCCAGCGCUCCGGCAGCAGCAGAGAACACUGCGGAGGAGACAGCACCAGCUUCGUCAACUUCUGCUCCUGCGGUAGCUGUUUCCCCCGAGGAGCGUCACUCGCCGCCAUUCAUCCCUGAAAGCGACUUCGGUGCCGAUCUUACAGAUGAUGAAGUCCAUGCUGAGGUCUUCGAAGAUGAUGAAGACUUGGACAGGCCUACUGAGAAAACUGUCUCCGUUGCCGUUGCCGAUGAUGGUACCAAAGUCGUGGCUCAAACUCCCGACGGGACAAGAGUAGCUACACCAAGCUCAAUAGCACCUUUCUCAUCCUCCCGGUCCGCGGGUGCUGCGAUGUCGUCAUACGCGGCAGCAUUGAAGUCGAAGCCAUCGGAUUGGCAUCUGGAGUUUACAAUGGACGAUCAAGUCCUUCCCUUGGAUUUGACCAUCUAUGGCGCCAUUCACCAGCACGAACUGCGCUCAAAGUCGGGUAACGUCUCCUCCAGUGCACUUUGGCAAGGUUUGCACACUGUCAAGUUCAAGAAAGUACCAGGUCCUCCCCCUGCUCCAGAAGUUCGCGAUCAAGUCGGCCACAAAGUCCGUUCUCCAAGCCCUACGCUGUCCUCACUCCCCGAGGAUGCUCCCCACGCCAAGAUCCUUCGAUUACUUCGCGUUCUGCAUAAGCUCAAUGCUUCGGAGAUGGACAAGCCCACGAAGCCACUCGAUCAACGGGCUCUUGAUGAAAAUGCCUUCAUCAACAAGAAGCUUUCGGCUAAGCUGACCCGUCAACUGGAAGAGCCCAUGAUUGUUGCGAGCUCUUGUCUGCCAGACUGGGCCCUCGAUCUUCCUCAGAACUUCCCCUUCCUCUUCCCAUUCGCGACUCGCUACAACUAUCUACAGUCGACGUCGUUCGGGUAUGCGCGGCUCAUUCUUAAAUGGCAAAGUCAGCAAGUGCGCGGACAAGACAACUCACGGCGAGACGAUGGGAUUGGAUUUUUGGGUCGUCUACAGCGUCAAAAAGUGAGAAUAUCGCGCAAGCAUAUUCUGGAAUCGGCAGUCAAGGUCUUUGAGCUUUAUGGAUCGUCAUCGUCCAUCCUUGAGGUCGAGUACUUCGAUGAAGUCGGGACGGGCUUGGGUCCUACGCUGGAGUUCUAUUCGUUGGUCUCAAAGGAGUUCGCCAGACGGGACUUGAAGAUUUGGCGAGACGCAGACGCGACUCGCUCAGGGACUUACGUUCAUCACCCUACUGGGCUAUAUCCUGCGCCGAUUAGCCCUGACGAUGUCUCAAACGAUGGAAGCCAGAAGCGCACUCAUAUCCUCCGCGUUGUUGGCCAGUUCGUUGCCAAGGCCAUGCUUGACUCGCGAAUUAUCGACAUGUCUCUCAACAAGGUCUUCAUCAAGCAAGUGCUUGGGGAAGAUGUUCCGGUCACCAUCGAUACAUUAAGGCUUGUCGACAAAGACUUGGCCAACUCUCUAGCAAAGUUGCAAGGUUACGCUUCCUGCAAGGGUCAGGCCGAGAAGCUUGAGCAGAUUCGCAACAAGGUCGCGCUCAUGGACAUCGUCAACAUAGAUGACCUCGCCCUUGAUUUCACUAUUCCCGGCUAUGACAUCGAACUGCGGCCUGGUGGGCGUGAUAUCCCUGUCACCUCUGACAAUGCGGAGCAGUACAUUCAAGAAGUUCUUAAUGCCAUCAUCGGAUCGGGUGCCCGGGCCCAAGCAAAAGCAUUCAGGGAGGGAUUCUCCAAGGUUUUCUCGAUCUCCGAUCUGCAUUCGUUCUCUCCAGACGAGUUGGUCAUGCUCUUCGGGAACACCGACGAAGAUUGGAGUUUGGAGACACUCACAGAGUCUAUCAAAGCCGACCAUGGCUUCCACAUGGAUAGCCGCGCAAUACACGAUCUCAUGGACAUUAUGUCAGAAUAUGAUGUCACAUCACGUCGCGAUUUCUUGCAAUUCAUCACAGGUAGCCCCAAGCUGCCCAUUGGAGGCUUCCGAGGGCUCAACCCGCCAUUCACGGUUGUGAGAAAGCCGCACGAGGCCCCACUGACAGCAGAUGACUACCUUCCCAGUGUCAUGACUUGUGUCAACUACUUGAAGUUGCCGGAGUAUAGCUCGAAAAAGGUCAUGAAGGAAAAACUGCGUGUAGCUAUGAAGGAGGGUGUCGGUAGUUUCCAUCUUUCAUAA